CACCUAAGCUCCAUAGUUACUGUUCUACACACAUAACACACAACACAGUAUUUGUACGGAUAUCUGCUUCUUUUUCCCUUCCAUGAACGCAGUUACCGAUAAGUUUCUAACAAUGUCGGUCGGUCUACUGUAUUUGUACAUUCAGACCUCUUUAUAAUAAUCCCAGUCUUUUUUUGUCAAACCCCAACCCCCUUAUUAGUAGCCGAAGUAAAGGCCAGAGAUCAAAGUCACUUGCCGUCCGUUCGCUCUCUGUUCAACAAAGGCCAUCGAUAUUCCCUUACUUCUUCCGUGGGUCCUCGCCAUUUGAAUCAAUUCUGAACGAACAGUAUCUCUAUCUGGCUUUGUUAUUAUUACAGUCUUAUCUGCACCCAGCCAUGGUUACAACUUGUUGAGGGAUCCACGUUACAACAAAGGGCUUGCCUUCACUGAGAAAGAAAGAGAUAUUCAUUACUUGCGAGGCCUUCUUCCGCCUGCGAUUAUACCCCAAGAGCUUCAGGAGAAAAGACUUAUGCAGAGUCUCCGGCAAUUUGAAGUCCCUUUGAAUAAAUAUAUUGCCCUGAUGGAAUUAGAGGAGAGAAAUGAAAGGUUGUUCUACAAGCUUCUUAUUAAUAAUGUGGAAGAGUUGCUUCCAAUUGUAUAUACUCCGACUGUUGGUGAGGCUUGCCAAAAAUAUGGAAGCAUUUUUAGGCGUCCCCAAGGUUUAUACCUCAGUUUGAAAGAAAAAGGAAGGAUACUUGAGGUAUUGAAAAAUUGGCCAGAAAGGAAAAUACAAGUCAUUGUUGUUACGGAUGGUGAACGAAUUCUGGGACUUGGAGACCUUGGCUGCCAGGGAAUGGGGAUACCAGUAGGGAAAUUGGCUUUAUAUACUGCACUUGGAGGAGUCAGACCUUCAGCGUGCUUGCCUAUAACCAUUGAUGUGGGAACAAAUAAUGAGCAACUACUGCAAGAUGAGUUCUACAUUGGGCUCAGACAAAAGAGAGCUACUGGGAAGGAAUAUUAUGACUUUCUUGAUGAGUUCAUGAAGGCUGUGAAGCAAAAUUACGGUGAAAAGGUUCUUGUACAGUAUGAAGAUUUUGCGAAUCACAAUGCUUUUGAACUGUUGGCAAAAUAUGGUACCAGACAUUUGGUAUUCAAUGAUGAUAUACAGGGGACAGCUGCUGUGGUGCUUGCGGGGCUCGUUGCAUCCCUAAAGCUGCUCGGAGGGUCCUUAGCUGAUCAUACAUUCUUGUUCUUCGGUGCUGGAGAAGCUGGAACUGGUAUAGCAGAACUCAUAGCACUUGCGAUUUCAAAGGAGACAAAUGCCACUGUGGAGGAAGCACGUAAAAAUAUCUGGCUUGUCGACUCAAAGGGUCUAAUUGUUAGUGCUCGAAAGGAAUCACUUCAAGCUCACAAAAAACCGUGGGCCCAUGAACACGAACAUGUUGACAAUCUUCUAGAUGCUGUUGAGGCCGUUAAGCCGACUGCUUUAAUCGGAACAUCUGGAGUUGGAAGAACAUUUACUAAGGAAGUGAUUGAGGCCAUGACUUCCAUAAAUAAGAGACCCCUCAUUAUGGCUCUCUCAAAUCCAACUGCACAAUCCGAAUGCACUGCUGAAGAAGCUUACACUUGGAGUGAGGGUCGAGCCAUUUUCGCAAGUGGAAGUCCAUUCCCUCCUGUAGAGUACAAUAACAAACUCCACAUUGCUACCCAGGCAAACAACUGUUACAUAUUCCCUGGAUUUGGUUUUGGCUUGGUCAUGUGCGGCGCUAUCCGUGUGCAUAAUGACAUGCUUUUAGCAGCUUCGGAAGCGUUGGCUGCUCAAGUAACUGAGGAGCACUAUGCGAAGGGGAUGAUUUAUCCUCCUUUUGGUAAUAUAAGAAAGAUCUCAGCUCAUAUUGCUGCUACUGUAGCUGCUAAAGCGUAUGAACUCGGUGUUGCAACACAUCUGCCCCAGCCUGCAGAUUUGGUGAAAUAUGCUGAGAGUUGCAUGUACACUCCUAAUUACCGAUGUUAUCGCUGAUUAAAUGACCUGAUCAGAUGCUGUAAGUUUUGUAUGUAAAUAACUUUAUAAUUUGAAGGAUGCUCUUCUGUAAAUUUGCACUCCAUACAUGUAAUGGCAGAACAUCUUUUGUACUAUAGUUGAAUAAAAUGGAUCUUUAGUCUU